AUGAACGAACCUCGCCGCCCUCCACGCACCGCCCAGGUCGACACGCCGUAUCACACAGACUCGGAAAGCACGAGCGGCACCCUGACGGCCCCCGAGCCCCCAAAGGAGGAUGAGUCCCGCCACGGCCUCUCCAAGGUCCGCCACAUAAUACUGGUCGGCAGCAUGUUCCUGACGCUCUUCCUCCCCGCGCUGGACCAGACCAUCGUGUCGACGGCCCUGCCCAAAAUCAUGAACAGCCUCGGCGGGUCCUCGUCCAACUCGGGCUACACGUGGGUCGGGUCCGGGUACGCGCUGACGCAGGCGGUGGUGAUGCCGCUCUUCGGGCAGGCGUCCGAGGUCUUCGGGCGCAAGUGGGCCUUCGUGGCGGCCAUAUCCAUCUUCAUGGCGGGCAGCUGCCUGUGCGGGGCGUCGCAGAACGUCUCCAUGCUGGUCGCGUCCAGGAUGGUGCAGGGCAUGGGCGCGGGCGGCAUCACGGCGCUGGUCAUCAUCCUCAUCGGGGACCUGGUCGGCGUGAGGAAGAGGGGGAAGUACCAGGGGUUCAUCGGGGCGACCUGGGCCGUUGCGUCGGCCCUUGGGCCGGUGCUGUCUGGUGUGCUUGCUGAUCAUAUCAGCUGGAGAUGGUGUUUUCUCAUCAACCUUCCCAUAUGUCUAGUCUGUCUUAUCAUCACCCUUCUGUUCCUCAACAUGUCACGACCAUCAAAGAGCUUCCUGGAGGCCAUUAAAACCCUCGAUGUAGUCGGCAUUCUCGCAAUCGGUGCGGCGACGGUCCUCACCCUACUCGCGUUCGAAUGGACCUCGCUCGGGACCUCAUGGGGCUCACCACAGGUUUUGAUCUCAUUGAUUACGGCAGCCCUGUCUUUGGGAUUUUUCAUAUAUGCUGAGACCAAGGCCACAAAGCCAGUCAUCCCAUUGCGCUUCUUCACGCAUCCCACUAGGAUCGGAGCAUACCUCGCGGCCUUCUUCCACGCUGUUGGAUACAUGGGCCUGAAUUACUACCUUCCGAUUUACUUCCAGGCAGUCCGGGGCCAGAGCGCAUCCGAGAGCGGCAUCAGCAUGCUGCCUCUUGUUUUAAUGUUUGGCAUCGCGAGCACCGGGGCAGGGUACCUCAUCACGGCGACCAAGAGAUACCAAACACUAAUCUGUGGUUCUUUCCUCAUGGCCACCAUGGGCUGCGGCAUGCUCGUCCACCUCAACAAGACGACAUCAACAGCCGUCACCGUGGUCUUGUUGCUCAUAGCUGGAAUCGGCGUCGCCCCGAACUUCAACUCUCUUCUCAUUCCCAUUCACGCCUCAUUCGACGAAACGUCCGACAACUCGGACAUCGCCAUGUCAGCAUCAGCAUACUCAUUCAUCCGGACAAUCGGACUCAGCAUGGGCAUCAGCAUUAGCGGUCUGGUCUGCUUUGACGAGCUGCAGAAGCUCAACACGGGGUCCACGUCAGAGCUGAGCAUCUCGGAGCUCAUCGACAACGUGGAGAAAAUGGUCGGAGAGGAGAGGGCGCGGACGAUAAGUGUCUUCGAGACUGCCAUGACACACGUGUUCAUCGAGGUGGCGGCUGUCAUGGGCGCGGGGAUGGUGGCCAGCUUCUUGAUCCGGAAGCACCAGCUUGGGGAGAAGGUCCGGUCCGAUCACAAGAUCCAGAUGGUGCCCGUGAAGAGGGCGGGUGGUCCAAGCACCUUCGUCCUAGUCAGCGGCCGCCUGGGCGCCGUCUACGGCCACAAGUACAUCCUCCUCGUAGGCGGCGCCAUCAUCUCCGUCUUCUCCCUCGUAACCGCCUUCACCACGACCUACAACACCUUCGUCGCCGUGCGGGCCCUGACCGGCAUCGGCGGCGGGCUCAUCAUGCCCAACGCCGUCGCCAUGAUCACCAUCGUCGUCCCGCCGGGCCGCGCGCGGAACCUCACCAUGGGCUUCUUCGCCGCCGCCGCGCCCAUCGGAGGCUGGGUCGGGGGCCUCAUCGCGGGGUUGUUCAUGACGACGGCGCGGUGGCAGAUGAUGUUCGUCUUCCUCGCCGGAUUCACCGCCGUGCUCUUCGGGCUGCUCUUCUUGGAGCUGCCCCGGGAGGUGCCCGUCGACAAGGGCGGCAAGAUCGACUACACGGGGGCGGGGCUGGGGCUCACCAGCCUGCUGCUCUUCAACUUUGUGUGGAACCAGGCCCCCUCCGCCGGCUGGUCGACGCCGUACGAGAUCGCGCUGCUGGUCGUCUCAGUCGCUUUGUUCGCUGGGUUCCUUGCCUGGGAGAAGUACGUCGCCCGGGAGCCGAUCAUGCCGGUCAGCAUCUUCAAGGCGCCGACCUUCACCGCCAUGCUGUUCGUCGUGCUGCUCAGCUACAUGUCCUUUGGCAUCUCUCUGUGGUACAUGAUCGCCUGGGAGCAGAUCCUCCGCGGCCUGAACGUGAUCCAGCUGACUGUGAUCUGGACGCCGUUUGUCCCUGGGUCCGUCAUUGCUGUCUUCAUCGCUGCGUGGCUCAUACCCAGGCUCGCGGCCCAGUACAUCAUCGCGCUGGGUGUGGUGUUUGUGUUGGUCUCUAAUUUGCUGCUGGCGACAAUGCCUGUUCAUCAGACGUACUGGGCCCAGACAUUCCCCGCCAUUGUCGUAGGGAGUAUGUGCCCCGACCUGGUGUACGUCGCCGCACAAGUCAUAGCCAGCAACAGCGUCAGUCGCAAGCAGCAGGGAAUCGCGGGGAGUCUGAUUGGGACUUUGAAUUUGUAUGGAAACAGCCUGGGGCUGGGGUUCGCGGGCACGAUCGAGACUCAGCUCCUGAAACAGACGCACGACGAGGCACAUGGGUAUCGAGCAGUGCUGUAUUUCGGGGUCGCCUUGGCCGUGGCCGGCCUGAUUCUGAACUUCCUUUUCGUGCGAGUGCCCAAGGAUGAGCGGGAGGGAUGGGGCCCUGCCGACCAGGACGCCGAGGACAUCCCUGUGGUGGGAGCUACGUUGAGGAGGGGUGGUGCUGCGACUGGCGUUGAGAAUAGCGCCGCGGCAUGA